GGUUUUUGUUAAAGAGAGACGAGUAGACGAGUGGUGGCCAGCUCACCUUUAGGGCUGUCUCCUCCGACAUCGUCAAACUUGGCACCGCGAUGUUUUCUUCGGGGUUAGUUGUGAAAGGGAAACUUCCGUAGAACCCUCGUUUGUUUGUUGGCCCCUCUCAUGCCUUUUGCCGUCUUCUUCUUCUUCUUCUUCUUCUUCUGUUAUCGUCAGUUCCAUCCCUCAACGAGUGCUGUCUGAUCACUCUUCAGCUCCGCGUUGCUGGAGUGCCUACGCCGCCGCCGUGGUUAAGUGAAAGCAUGGAAGGGGUUGCUCCAAUCACUCGCUUGUCAAUAUGAUUUCUACACAGGUCCUGUGUCUAGGAGCAUCGUCGUGGCAGCCUAGACCAUCGACGACGCAACGACCUUCACGAUCGCCGCUCAUUCCUCAGUCAUGGAGACUUCUCCUAGUGCCCCUAUUUCUCACCAUCAUCCAAGUCUCCCACGCCCAGCUCGACCCCAUUAGAAACUUCUGCCGAAUUUUUGGCCACCAAACCGCCGUGAUCGACAACAGGCUCUACAUAGACGGUGGUUUCAUCAACUACAACCCCAUCUCCCAGUAUCCAGCCAACUACACGAACGCCGGUCUCCUCUACCUCGACCUCUCAACCAUCACCGAAUCCGGCAUGCCCCCUCUCUUGUCCACCUCUCCACCAAAGAACUCCUCCGUCCCCUCCGUUCACGGCGCCGCCCUCUGGGCCGACCAACUCAACAAGCGAUUGUAUCUCUUUGGCGGCGAAUCUCCCCCUUCGCUUCCUACGUCGAAUUACUACCUGCCCUCGUUAUGGUCCUUUGACGCCGUGUCGGAAGAUUGGGAAUUGGUUGCCCCCAAGAACAACCCAAAUCAGGUGAAGAUAGACGGAGUGUCGUACGGAGCUGGGGCCAGCGUGGAAGAGAGAGGGGAAGGGUAUUAUUUUGGUGGAUGGAUUUCUGAUAGUAGUACGGGGAAUUCGACGGGAGUGGCGUCAGGGGGGUUGGUGAAAUUUGAUUUUGAUGAGGGGCAGUGGUUGAGGAAUGAAGGGCCUGAUCAAGAUGAAAAUGCAAAAGUAGGGAGGGCGGAAGGAGCUAUGGUGUUCAUCCCCAUUGGGGAUGGCGGGAUGUUGGUUUACUUUGGGGGACUGAUGCAGAGCCAGAGUGAAGAUGAUGAAAAGAGUGGGAAUGUGACAACAGAAGGCCAGCCGAUGGAGAUGAUUUAUCUGUAUGAUGUGCUGAGUAGUAAGUGGUACGUGCAGAACGCAACGGGGGAGGUUCCGGGUAAGAGGCGACGGUUCUGCGCCGGUGCGACGUGGGCAGGUGAUAAGAGCAGCUAUAAUAUAUACAUCUAUGGCGGUGCCUCGACUCCCCCGGACAAUCACCCUGGUUACGACGACGUAUACAUCCUUACCAUUCCCUCCUUCCAAUGGCUGAAGCUGUAUCCCAAGCCCUCCGACAACUCUGACCCAAGUCAAAAUAGCCAGCAAGGGGGAGCUUACCCCCAUCACUCUCUGACCUGCAAUGUCAUUUCCCAGGCCCAGAUGCUGAUUAUUGGGGGAAGCUUCCCCGUCUCGGCCGACUGUGAUGUGCCCUCCCAGUUCGGCACACAUAAUCUCGACUUAGGCGAGCAAAAUACCAAGAAGGAACCGUGGCAGUUGUUCGACUCAAAUUUGACCACGUAUACCGUGCCGGAUGCGGUGGUAAAGGUAGUGGGAGGUGGAAAGGACGGCAGAGCGACCAAGAGGGAACCUGAGAAGGGCUGGGCACAUCCGGAUUUGAAGGUCCUGCUGACGAGAGAAGCAAAGUUUGCGGCGAGAACUGCAACGCGGAGUGUCCCGAGUGCGACAGGUAGUUCUGAUGCGAACAGAGGAGGGACAGACCUUUCGAAGGGGGCAAUUGCUGGAAUCGCGGUUGGUGGAGCAGUUGCUAUUGUUGCGGCGCUGGUCGGGGCUUGUUGGUUCAUCAGGCGACAUCGACAACGAAGGAUUCUGGACCAGAAGAACAGAAGGGAGAAGUCUCUUGCUGAUGGCGCCAGGUUAGGUACUGUGGCUUCACACUCGGAUAUGCCACCAUGGAGCCCGGGGAUGACGGCUACAACCGGAUAUACAUCCACAAGUCCGUGUUCUGAUGGCCCGUUCCAGAGACAGCAACAGGGGAAUAGCGCUUUUUCGGUCGUUGUUCCUCGCCCGCCCGCGGAGUUGGAAGGAAAUACGUACUGGCAGGGGCCAGACGGCGUAACGUACGAGCUGACAAGUCCGGGGUCGGUGGUAUCUGAACAGCACCAGCAAACUCUCCAAACCAAGGUCGAUUCCCAAGGACGGGUAUGGAUGCAGGUCCCACCAGCAGGAAGAUGUGAUCACGGUAGUCCUAUGUCAAGGCAUAGGACAGUAACCAGAAUUGGGUCAGAGUCUGGGACGCCCACAACAACAACAACAACUACAGCUGACCCUCAUGGGACGAAGUCCCCAAUAUCACCGACACACUCGCCGACAGAGCCACAAGAACUCGGCGUCAAUCCGAAACGCGGAAGUACGGAUGCCACAACAAUCUUGACGGGUUCGGCAGGCUGGGAUGCGGCAAGGGGGAGACCUAAGCAUCACACUUUCUAUCAUCCAUGAACAGGCGUUUCUGCUAAAGUGUCUCUUAGCCUUCAUCAACAGAGAUCCUGAAGUUUUAGGAUUGUUUGACCAAGGGGGGGUCGAAGAUGGCCUAAGUCUGCCAGUACAAUACCUGUAUGUAAACAUAACAAUGAUUUUCUUCUCGCUUUGUCCAUUUCCUUUUUUUCUUUUCAAUUUUUUUUUCCGUUGUUGCUGCUGUCGAGCGACGUUGGUGAUAUCAGAACGUACGCGCGGAGGACUGAAGGGAACACAACCUGAAAU